AUGUCUGAUGCGGCGGAGCGAAAGGAGGGUGAGGAGAAAAAAGUGCAAAUAAGGCCACAAGUAGCACUUGCAGUUGAUGUCUUGGAAAGUGUGCGAAAGGCAUUUGUAUUCUAUCAGAGUUGGAACAAACUGAGCCAAAUGAUACCAAAGAGAACACUGUACAGUAAGAAGUAUGGAGUGGACCUCAUCAGGUACACACAUGCUGCCAACACUGUCGUGUACAGCUCCAACAAAAUAGAUGAUACAAUCCGAUACCUCUCCCUGCAUGACAACAAAUAUAUUCGCUAUUUCCCGGGGCAUACAAAAAGAGUUGUUGCUCUUUCAAUGUCUCCAGUGGAUGACACUUUCAUUUCUGGAUCCCUUGAUAAAACUAUUCGACUUUGGGAUCUCCGCUCUCCAAAUUGCCAGGGUUUAAUGCAUCUCCAGGGGAAGCCUGUGUGUUCUUUUGACCCAGAAGGGUUGAUUUUUGCUGCUGGAGUCAAUUCUGAAAUGGUGAAGCUUUAUGAUCUCCGUUCUUUUGACAAAGGGCCAUUUGCUACGUUUAAGAUGCAGUAUGAUCGAACUUGUGAGUGGACAGGCCUGAAGUUCAGUAACGAUGGCAAACUCAUCCUCAUAUCAACUAAUGGAGGGUUCAUUCGGCUGAUUGAUGCUUUUAAAGGAGCUGUCCUGCAUACAUUUGGGGGUUAUAACAAUAGUAAGGCUGUCACACUGGAGGCAUCAUUCACACCAGACUCUCAGUUCAUCAUGAUAGGUUCAGAGGAUGGGAAGAUUCACGUUUGGAAUGGGGAGAGUGGGAUGAAGGUGGCUGUGCUGGAUGGGAAACACACAGGCCCUAUAACUUGUCUGCAGUUCAAUCCAAAAUUCAUGACGUUUGCUAGCGCAUGUUCCAAUAUGGCCUUCUGGUUGCCAACUAUCGACGACUAAUUCCUACACUGCAGCUGCUGGCAGAUGACUUCCAUACUGCUAACAGCAGCACAUCACUGCAAGCAUAAUAUUGGAAUUGCCUGAGUCUCCUAGACUGCAUUCCUGUUCUUGAGUAUGUUUCCAUAUGUCUUACCUUGAUUUGCCGCAUUCCUUUGCAAGGACUCCUCUACUCGGCCUCCCAGCAUGUUCAAAAGCAGCAUGCUACACGACCUUACCUUCCAGUCCGUGCCCAGCAGGCUUCAGCUGAAGUUGGAACUGACACAGUAUUAUUUCUAAGAGCAAUGAAGUCUGUUUUAUUUACAAAAUGUUUGUGGCAUUUUUUUUAAGCUGUAAUUGUGUGUUUUCCUUCUGUAAGUGCACAAGGCUAUUGAUCUUCCAAGGUGGAAUGUGCAGUUCCUUCUUAUAAGUGCAAGUUUUUCACAUCUGGGAUCUCUGGUUCCACUGCAGUCCACAGAUGGGAAGUUACUUCUGUGCCAAAUGUGAACACUGACAGUUUUCAACUUACACAGCAGAUACUGGAUUCUCUUGCAGUGGAACAUGCACCAGAAGAGUGGGUGACUGUAAAUAUAUAUGAUACAACUUGUCAUCCUUUCAUUUGGUGAUUUAGUGUGCAACAAACCAUACAGGUUUUGUCCACUGCCAGAGCUUGCCAAAGCCUCCUUGCUGUUUGCUGUACCAGCAUCCUGGAGGGCACAGACAGUGCUGAUGAGGUCCGGCUGGUGUCCCAAGCAAUAAAGGAGUCUGUCAGCAGGAAGGUGGAGAAACCAAACUGAGACUUAAAAGCACAGAUUGCCUGUGCAUCUUCCUUAUGUAUCAUCUUGCCUGUUCCUAUUUGUAAUUACCUGGGGGAGGGGAGGGCAGUGGAAAUGGGCCAUAUUUUUUUACUUUUAGAUAUUAAAGAAAAUGAUGUGG